AUGUACGCUCAGAAUCCACGAACGUCGGCGUCGAGCUCGAGCAGUUCCAGCAACCACAGCGCGCAAUGGGGGAAGCAGAAUUCACCCUCGGAUGUGUCUGCUGCAGUACACAGGCUCCUGCUUUCGACGAAGCAACUGCAAGAAUCCCUUCGACUAUGGAGUACAGGGCAGUUGACUGAGACAGAAGUCAGCGACGUGUACGUUACCGUUGGGACAGACUUCAAUAAUGUCAUUAGAGCUUUUGCGUAUCAUCGCAUCGAUCUAACUGACAUCCAUUCCAUCCCCCAAGACUUACGCGCAGUUCUUGAACAGUGCCUGUCAGAAGAUCCAUCACCAGAGGCACUCGCGACGUACAUGCCUGGUGUGCGGCAAGUCUUAUUCAAGCUACUCAAGGGUCUUCAAACCCGAGAGGCAGCCUGGAAGGCUGUCAAAGGAACCAUGAUGUCGUAA